GCAGUGCGGCGGCGCGCGGGAGAUCCAACGAGGCUAGCUGGCAAGAAAGCAAGGCAGUUUGCAGGUCCUUUUUGUUCUGAUCUCUGCUCCCAGAAGAGAUUAUGGUAGCAGCCACAAUCUCGCGAGCUAUCAUAGUGGUGGCGGGAAUCCUCUACCCUGCCUACUCCUCCUUCAAGGCCGUGAGGGCACGCAGUCACAGGGAAUACACACAAUGGAUGAUGUAUUGGAUUGUCUUUGCCAUGUUCCAGGCUGCGGAAGUCCUGACAGAUACGUUCUUGUCGUGGUACGUGCAGGUAGUAGUUGAGUAUAGCUCUACCACUCUAUUCCACAGGCUCCAAGCAGCUGUACCGGGUGGUGAUCCACCCAUUCCUGGUAAACAUGAGACAGAGAUCGAUGAAACUCUGCUGAACAUUGGAGAGAGGGGGAAGAAAGUGUUGGGGAAAGUCACCCAGCACGGGAUCAACCUUGCAGCUACCACUGUCGUCGCCUCGGCCAUCAAGGGCCAGGCAGUCAUCACAGAGACUCUCCUCCAGACUCAGAGGGCCCAACAGCAGCAGCAGCAGGUAGAUGGUGGAGAGGCCGCCAGACCUGACUCGCAGGAUGAGACUCAGCGACAGAAUCGACCGUCUUCCUCGUCCACCUCCUCCUACUACUCCGAGGACUACGAGGUCAUCGGGGAAGCAGAGCCUGUAGAAAACUUUGAAGAUCCUCAGGAGACAAACUCGGCUCAAAACGUCCCCACCACCCACCACCCCACCUCAGGAGACAGCUACCAGAGACCUGACAGCAACGGACUCUACCAUCGGACUUGAUGCUACCCACCGACCUGUAUUAUAUACUGCAUGCAGGCCGCCUCCUCUGUUCCUGUCCCUCACACUGACACCAGAGAUCAUAAUGUUUUGGUUUGUGUUCAAUUGCUUUCUCUGAAUGACAAUGAUAAAUGAACUACAUUUGAAUGCAAGUAACGAUAGAAAUGAGGAAUACUCUUGAAAUGCUGACAGAGAAAGGAUUAGAUAAACACACUACGAAUUUACAACACUGACACAGUCUGAGCAGAGUUCAGACGCCUUUGAGCCUGAUGUCUCUCCCUUCUCGUCCUCAGCCCUCCCUCCAUCUCCCCUCCCCUCACUAGACUUUGCCCCUACUGCAGCCGACGGCUUCUUCCUGAAAGAUCUUCUGAACGGCUUCUGCUUGCUGCCUGAUGCUGGGACAGCCCUCGCUGCAAGUGGCCUCGACCCUGCAGAGGACUCAGUCUCAGCUACAGAUUUCAAUGUUGCUCCAAUAGGGGUGUGGGUGUGGCUUUCUGAGAAUGGGGCGUGACUCAUCUGAGCUCCCUCUGUGUCCGAGACGACACGCAGUGCUGGUGGGGCGUGGUCACCACUCCCAGAAGCCACGCCCUCUCUCUUCCUCUGCCGGAGGUGGAGUCCAGAGAAGGUGAGAGAGUUCUUUUCAAAAACCAGUGGAACUCGUCCCAGGUCCCCGUCAAACCUGUUCUUUGUUACCUUUACACCAGGAACAGGACGACAGAGAGAUUGCGCAAUUGGUGAGUGGUACACAGGCAAACAUGCUGUAAACCCUUGGUUCUGCAACUGUUAGUUCGUAAACAUGCCAGUAAGUGCCGGUGGGCAGUAAGGUAUCUACAGGAGCCAAUAGUCGGUUUCACACACGCAGGAAGGUACCUGUAAGAGUUUGGAGGAGCCAUGUCCAGACUGGAGAAUGAGGACAUUGUCAGCCUCUUGAGUGGCUUUGGCCGUCCCAAAUAUAGAUGCAGUCGUCAGCUCUGAACUCUCACUCUCCUUCCUGGGGUGGAUGACGACGGUGACGUGGACGUUUCUGGAAGAGGCAAACUUGCGGAACUCGGCGACUGCCAUGUUCUGGACGGCAUAUCGGUCGAGGGAGGCGUGGUGGGAGGCGCCCAGCAUGAACUGAAGGUUGUCUAUUAUCACAUGUUGGAUGUCGUACACGUACACUGCAUGAGCCAUUGUCUGCGGGGAAGAGACACAACUAUCACAGAGCCAGAACAAAGGUAGAGAGAGAGAGAGACUCUAACAGCAGGGAAUGUAAAGAGGGAGGGAGAGAGAGGGAGAUAGACCUCUAG